AAGCAAUGCCAUCGUGGGAAGUUGAACUUGAAGUUGAAGGAAGGGCAAGCGCUCUGAAGACGUUUGAGGCGCUUCCAGCUCUAAGUUUCUAUUCAGUAGAAUACUUUUGAAGAUUUACAGUUGAUAGCUCUUCAGCUUCUAGCUUUCUGAUUCAGUCUCAUUUCCGGUCCCCAAGCUGUGUCUUUGCUUACUUAGCCACCAUUGGCUACCUUCCUGCAAUGUAUCGCACUCCACUCAUUUCGUUAGCUAGAUCCCAUGUCUGCUAGUAAGGCUGAUCGCACUACUCUCAGCAAUGAUCCAGCUUGCAAGAGCCCGCAUUCUUGUACAUUUCAGAACAGCAGUGCAGGGCCUUCCGAAAUAUGGUGGUACGUAUGUGCGGUGCGUGGCUUCAGGAAAGGAGAGCAGGAGUCUGCAAGAAGGGACUGUCGACGAGAAGCGAAGAUCCAGUGCAAUUGACGACUUUGGUCAGAAGAGGAUGGGUUUCUUUGAGGCUGCGGACGUGUUGAGCAAGCCGCCAGUCAAACCAAAGCGCUUAGGGUUCGAUUUCCACCUCUGGAUGUUCAUUGUGGCCCUGGCCCCCUCAGCAAUUAUCUACGUUUCGGCGCAGCUCAUUCGGCGGGUGAUUCGGCAGAAAGAGAAGGAACUGCAAGAACAGGAGAAAGCCGAGCUGCAGGCAAAGCUGGACGCUCUGUACUCUUCGAACGGUCCGAACAAAGCCGCAAACGGUUUGAAUCUAGCUGCGGACGGUUCGAACCAGGCCGUGGACGGUCCAGAUCGAAUUUCGGACGGUUCGAAGCAAGUUGCGGACGGUUCGGAGCAGUCAAAGAGCGUCCGGAGCAGAAGUCAGCGACAUGUGGCGGAGCGCGCCGACCGCAAGCUUGAGCGCGCGCGGGCAUACCUGGACGAAAGCCAGAUUGCGGCGCUGGAAAGGUUGUCCGAAAAACGAGGGGCUUUGAGUAGUCGAGACGGAGAGAGGCAGCCAGGGGAGGCAAAGAACGAGAGAGGGGAGAAAGUUGUGCGGGUUGCUGAAAGCGGGCCGUCCUCCGAAGUCGGUCCCUCUCGGCAAGUGACGGAGAAACGAGGUCCGGAAUCCGCUGAAGAGCGCACCGGAAAGGAGGCCGGGAGUACUCAAGCGGUGCGCAAAGAAGGACUAGACGGGUCGGGUAACGGCGGUGCGUCACAAGCGGAACUAGUGUGGCUUCGAGCCAAGGUCGCGGAGUUGGAGCGGGGUUUGAAGGGUUUGGAAGACAGUGUGCGACAGAGGGAGGGCGAAGGCGGACGGAUUGUGCCAGGGGCGGCUCUGGACGGAACAAGAGACGGGAGGGAGAUUGCAGCUUCAAGCCGGAAUGAGAAUGAUUGUAAAGCGGGGCCAGAAGAGUCGUUGGGACAACGGGGUCUUGCUGAGGGGAACAUCAAGCACGCAGGUCAAACGAAAGGAAGUGCUGACAAUGUUGACGUAAACGUUCCGAUCCGGAAACCGUCCUUGUUUGAUAACGUCUGGCCGCAGUGGUUGCGAAGUACUGCAAAGAGAGACGAGGCUAAGAGCCAAUCUGAUACAACAGUGCCCUCGGUUUUGAAAAAAGAUGAAGGUCCACCAUGAAGUUGGCAGCCUGCGCUUUACCGGGCAUAUCUGGUGAGUGUCGUUGUGUAACGGCUAGCGGAUGGAGUGCGUCAACUGGGCUUCCGAUGUUCA